CGCCCCAAAACAACAUCGAACAGCUGAUUGGCCAAUCGUUUUGCGCCGGGGUGGCAACACUAGCCCAUGUUAUUUCAAGCGAACAACAUCAAGUUACGUAUUCGAACCGGCGGCUACAAGUCUAAAGAUAAUUAAAGUGGCUGGGAAUUAUGUUUAAGGGCUUGCGACACCUACGAAAUGUGCUGCAACGUGGACACCACAAUCUGGCGCGCUGUCAUGCCUACGUGACGCAAACGGGCAAUCCAAAUGGCUCCGCAGCUGCCAGCUUGCCACUAAAACGGCCACCAAUUGCGCCUGCUGUGCAGCCGCUAAGUUACCGACAGAUGCGAAUGCUGCGAUUGGAGUAUAAGGCGAUUGUAGGCGUUAUUGCGCGCUCGCUGCAAUUAACGCCACGCGAGGUGCAGCAAUUACAUCUGCGAUGCUUAUGCUCUCGCAACUCAGGAACAGAUGCGGACAAGCACAGCAGCAAGUCGAGCAGCAGAAGCAGCAGCGGCAGCAAAAGCAAGGAUAAGCCCACCAAGGAAGGCAGCGAAAGCACGUCAGAUUGCGGGCAAGAAUCAAAACAAGGAUCCAGUUCCAGUUCGAGCAGCAGUGCCGGCUCUAGUUCCAGCGGGGACUCUUCCAACCCGAGCAGCAACAACAACAAUAACAAAAAUGAAAACGACGAAAAAAUGCGUUCAGUUUUGACAAAAGCGGUUCUUUGGCUAUUCACCAUUUACAUGUUUGUUGCCUUUAUAUCAUUGCUAAUUACACCGCGCACAGAGCGACCCGAGGGAUCCACACGAUACGUCUCGUGGAAUGAGUUUGUGCAUCAUAUGCUAGCCGUCGGUGAGGUCAAGGAGCUGAUCAUACGACCCGACAUGGAAAUGGUUACGAUUAUCCUGCACGAUGGCGCCGUCAUCAAGGGACGCAAAGUGUCAUCCACUAUAUUCCACAUGGCUGUCGCCGAUGCCAACAAAUUUGAGGAGAAGCUGCGGAUGGUCGAGAAACGCUUGGGUAUUAAAGAUGGCGUUCCAGUUACUUACGAUCGCCACGAUACCACUGGACGCCUCCUGAUGCUGUUGUUAUUCUGCGCUCUCCUCAUCUCCAUAGCGACACGCAUGAAGAGCAUGAAGAGUCCAAUCAGCAUGGACUCAUUUAACCAAAUGGGUCGGGCGAAGUUCACACUUGUGGAUCCAUUUGAAGGUGGACGUGGCGUGCUGUUUCGCGACGUGGCUGGUCUUAAGGAGGCCAAACAGGAGGUUAAAGAGUUUGUCGACUAUCUAAAGACACCGGACAAGUAUCAACGCCUGGGCGCCAAAGUGCCACGCGGCGCUCUGCUCUUGGGCCCACCUGGCUGUGGCAAAACGUUGUUGGCGAAGGCGGUGGCCACCGAGGCUCAGGUUCCGUUUCUCAGUAUGAAUGGGUCGGAGUUUAUUGAAAUGAUUGGUGGCCUCGGUGCUGCACGUGUGCGCGAUCUCUUUAAGGAGGGCAAGAAGCGGGCGCCCUGUAUUAUCUAUAUCGAUGAAAUCGAUGCCAUUGGACGACAACGAUCCGGCACCGAGAGUAUGGGUCAGGGCAGUUCCGGUGAAUCUGAGCAGACCCUCAAUCAGCUGCUCGUCGAAAUGGACGGCAUGGCAACCAAAGAAGGCGUCCUCAUGCUAGCGAGCACCAAUCGUGCCGAUAUACUCGAUAAGGCAUUACUUCGACCUGGUCGCUUUGAUCGUCACAUACUUAUUGAUUUGCCGACGUUGCAGGAGCGCAAGGAGAUCUUCGAGAAGCAUUUGUCAUCCGUCAAACUGGCCGAGGAGCCCGACAGUUAUUCCCAGCGUUUGGCCCGACUUACGCCCGGAUUCUCCGGCGCCGACAUUGCCAACGUGUGCAACGAGGCAGCGUUGCAUGCAGCCCGUCAUGUCCAAACCGAGGUCACCAGCAAGAAUCUAGAAUAUGCCGUUGAGCGUUUAGUGGGUGGCACCGAGAAGCGUUCGCAUGCGCUUUCGCUGACCGAACGCAAGGUGAUUGCGUAUCAUGAGUCUGGACAUGCACUGGUCGGCUGGAUGCUACCGCAUUCGGAUAUAUUGCUCAAGGUGACGAUUGUGCCGCGCACGAGUUUGGCAUUGGGAUUUGCCCAAUAUACGCCUAGUGAGCAGCAUCUGUACUCCAAGGAGGAGCUAUUUGAUAAGAUGUGCAUGGCACUCGGUGGACGUGCCGCCGAGAAUUUGAUCUUCAAACAGAUCACGACUGGCGCCCAAAACGAUCUGGAGAAGGUCACUCAAAUUGCCUAUUCACAGAUCAAGAAAUUUGGCAUGAACGAACGCCUGGGUCCGAUAUAUGUGCGCGAUGCAAAUGAAUCUGCCGGCGGUGGCGGUAGCAGCAAACCCUUUUCCCGGGCUAUGGAAACCAUCAUUGAUCACGAAGUGCGCAAUAUGGUGUCGGAUGCAUAUCGGAAAACCGAGGAUCUGCUCACCAAGCAUCGCGACAAGCUAGAGAAGCUGGCGGAGGCUCUGUUGGACAAGGAGACACUGGAUUAUGAUGAGGUAUGCGGCUUGAUUGGACCGCCACCGUUUGAUCCAGCCAAGCGGCAGGUGGACUCUGUAGACUUUGAGCAGUCGCUGAAGAAUCUGGGCACGACUGAGCCACAAGUCUGACAACCGACAACUGAACUGACAACCCAAUGGCUCCAGCUGUGACCCUUCACAUCUUUCCCACUUGCACCCGCAUCACUUACACUUACACAGCCGGUUCAUGUUUAAUAAAUGUAAAUAAAGUUGUUUACUAUUUUUUUUA